GCGUGAGCUCCGAGUAGCUUUAGCUUUCACAAGCGAGGAAAUAAUCCCUGAGCCCACGGAGGAAAAGUAACGGUAGUUUGUAGCCGAAGGCAGCAUCGCCACUUCUGACUUUUUUCCCUGGGAACGAGUCAGUCCAUCCGCAAAGCCGCGCAGGAGAAUGAAGCGCAACGCCCAGGAUCACCUGGAGUUCACUCCUUCUCCGACAUUAACUGCCUCCUAAACAGAGCAAGAGCCGCGCGCACAAUCCUGCAGCAGGUCCUGCCAACUGUAACACCUCUGGUGGAUCACAGGUGAGGAGGAGGAGGAGGGUGGGGAAAAUAAAAGACCACCUGGGGAAAUCUCCCUCCUGCAGCCAUGGAGGAGGAGGUGGAGGCAGUGAGCACGGAGUACAUGCUGGAGCAGGUAACGCAGAAGGACCUGGGAAAGAGGCUCCAGGUGGGCCAGGAGGUCAUGGAUCUGAUCCUGGAUGAGGAGAGGUCGCCCGAGCUGGAGCAGGAUCAGAGCAUGCUGGACAGGAUGGUGGACUGCGUGGCCAGCUCCUGGGUCAACUCCAGCAACUUCAAGGUGGUGUUGCUGGGGAUGGAUAUUCUGUCGGCUCUGGUCAGCCGGCUGCAGGAGAGGUUCAGGACACAGGUUGGAACUGUCCUGCCGAGCCUCAUCGAUCGACUGGGAGACGCCAAGGACCAAGUCCGAGAGCAGGACCAGGCGCUUCUGCUGAAGAUCAUGGACCAGGCUGCCAACCCGCAGUAUGUGUGGGAGCGAAUGAUGGGAGGCUUCAAGCACAAGAACAACAGGACCAGAGAGGGACUCUGCCUCUGUCUCAUCUCAACUUUAAACGUGUUUGGCUCUCAGAGUCUGACGCUCAGUAAAAUCGUUCCUCACAUCUGCAGCCUCCUGGGAGAUCCCACCAGCCAGGUGCGCGACGGGGCCAUGAACUGCCUGGUGGAGAUCUAUCGCCACGUUGGAGAGCGAGUGCGGAUCGACCUGGGAAAGAAGGGCCUGCCUCAGUCACGGCUGAACGUCAUCUUCAGUAAAUUCGAUGAAGUUCAGAGGUCGGGGAACAUGGUCCUGUCACCUGUGUCAGACAAAAACUUUGAGGACGAUGACUCGGUGGACGGCGGCCGCUCCUCGUCCUCGUCCAAAGGAGCCUCGCUCUCUGGGAGGAAGGCGGUGAGCAUGGGUUCAUUUCGACGCCCCGCCUCCGCCUCCAGCAGCAAGUCUGCAGGGAGGGAUGGGUCCAGUGCUGGAGCUGUGGAUGAGGAGGACUUCAUCCAGGCAUUUGAGGAUGUUCCCACAGUGCAGAUCUACUCUAACAGAGAGGUGGAGGAGGCCAUGACAAAGAUUCGAGAUGUGCUGGCAGACGACAAGCGGGACUGGGAGCUCAGAGUGGCAGCUCUCAAGAAGGUGCGGUCGCUGCUCCUGGCCGGCGCCGCAGAGUUCGAUGGAUUUCUGCAGCAGCUGCGGCUCAUCGAGGCGGCAUUCAAACUCUCCGCCAAGGACCUCCGGUCUCAGGUGGUGAGGGAGGCCUGCAUCACACUGGGCCACCUGUCGUCGGUGCUCGGCAAUCGGUUCGACCACGCAGCAGAGGCCAUCAUGCCGACCCUCCUCAACCUGGUCCCCAACAGUGCCAAAGUCAUGGCCACGUCCGGCGUGGCCGCCAUCCGCCUCAUCCUCCGACACACACACUACCCACGCCUCAUCCCCAUCAUCACCAGCAACUGCACCUCCAAAUCCGUGGCUGUCAGAAGGCGCUGCUUUGAGUUUUUGGACCUGCUGCUGCAGGAGUGGCAGACGAGCUGCCUGGAGAGACACGGAACAGUUUUAAUGGAGACUAAAAAGAAAGGGAUCCAUGAUGCAGACGCCGAGGCUCGCUCUGUGGCCAGAAAGUGUUACUGGAGUUUCCAAGGUCACUUCAGCAGGGAGGCGGAGCAGCUGUUCCAGGGCCUGGAGUCCUCCUAUCAGAAAGCUCUGCAGGCUCACCUGAGGAGCGGAGACAGCCUGAUGUCGUUGCCUGCGUCUGAUCGCUCCUCCUCCUCGUCUCAGGAGAGCCUCAAUCGACCUCUGUCUGCAAAAAGCACCGUUGGGAGCAACUCAGCCAGAUCCAAACCUGGCUCCACCUCAAGGACAACGGCCGCCGCCUCUUCUCCCGGCUCACUCCAGCGUUCUCGCAGUGACGUGGAUGUUAACGCAGCAGCCAGCGCCACCGCCCGCACGAGGAUGCCCGCCGUACCCUCCGCUGUGCAGUCGCCAGCUUCGCCCUUCAGCUCGGCCUCAGCUCUUCCUCCCGGAUCCUACGCAUCACUGGGUCGAGUGCGAACGAGGAAGACGAGUUCAGGAAACGGUCCAUCGGUGACAGACAGCCGGGGUCGGAGCCGAGGGAAAGUCGUCUCUCAGUCGCAGCCCGGGAGUCGGUCGGGCUCACCCGGGCGGCUGCUGAGCUCCACCUACGGCCGGAUCCCCAGGCCGACCAUGGGCACCGCCGCUGCUGCCACUGGCACCGGCAGCCCCUCCGCCAGUAUGACCGACAAGAGUCGACCUCGAGGUCACCGCAGCCAGGGCUGCAGCCGAGAGACCAGCCCCACUAGAUCGGGCACGGCCCGGAGUCGAAUCCCUCGACCGAGCAUGAGUCAGGGCUGCAGCCGUGAAACCAGUCGCGAGAGCAGCCGCGACACCAGCCCGGCGCGGGGUUUCUCCCCCCUGGACCGGCUGUCCCAGCAGGCUCGGAUCUCAGCCUCCGUCAACGCCAUGAGGAUCCUCAACACGGGCACAGAAGUCGAGGCUGCGGUCGCUGAUGCUCUGCUCUUAGGAGAUUCAAGGAGUAAGCGGAGGCCGGUGAGGCGGCGUUUCGAGUCGCCGGGGAUGUACUCUGAUGACGACGCCAACAGCGACGCCUCCAGCGCCUGCUCCGAGCGGUCAUACAGCUCACGUAACGGCGGCAUGGCGCCGCAUUACUUGCGACAGACGGAGGACGUGGCGGAGGUGCUGAACCACUGCGCCAGCGCCAACUGGUCUGAGAGGAAGGAGGGACUGCUGGGACUGCAGAACCUGCUCAAGAGCCAGAGGAUGCUCAGUCGUGUGGAGCUGAAGAGGCUUUGUGAGAUCUUCACCCGGAUGUUUGCAGACCCUCACAGCAAGAGAGUCUUCAGCAUGUUCCUGGAGACUCUAGUGGACUUCAUCGUGCUGCACAGGGACGACCUGCAGGACUGGCUCUUUGUCCUGCUCACACAGCUGCUGAAGAAGAUGGGGGCUGACCUGCUGGGCUCCGUCCAGGCCAAAGUCCAGAAGGCCCUGGAUGUCACGAGGGAGUCCUUCUCGUAUGAGCAGCAGUUCAACAUCCUGAUGCGUUUCAUCGUGGAUCAGACGCAGACGCCCAACCUGAAGGUGAAGGUGGCCAUCCUGCGCUACAUCGAGGCUCUGGCCCGACAGAUGGACCCGGCCGACUUUGUCAACUCCAGCGAGACGCGCCUCGCUGUUUCGCGCAUCAUCACCUGGACCACCGAGCCCAAGAGCUCAGACGUCCGCAAGACCCUUCAUAACUGGGCGGGGGAGGAUUUCUCAGGUCGACCCAGCACAGUGGCCUCUCUGCCCGGGGAGGGCAAUCUGGAGGAGAGGUGCAAGCAGGCGGCCCAGGUGGUCCUGAUCGCCCUGUUUGAGCUGAACACACCAGAGUUCACGAUGCUGCUGGGCGCUCUGCCCAAAACCUUCCAGGAUGGGACCACCAAGCUGCUGCACAACCACCUGAGGAACGCCAGCGCCAACAGUGGCAUCAGCAUGGCAUCCCCCAGUAACUCGGCGGGUCGGACGCCUCCGCGACAGCCCAGCAGCCGCAGCAGCCCGCUGACCUCCCCCACCAACUGCUCCCACGGCGGCCUUUCCCCCAGCAUGCUGGAGUAUGACAGCGAGAACCUGAACUCAGAGGAGAUCUACAGCUCGCUGCGCGGCGUCACCGAGGCCAUCCAGAACUUCAGCUUCCGCAGCCAGGAGGACCUGGUGGAGCCGCUGAGACGGGACGGCAAGAGGGACGGUGUUACGCCUGGAGUCGGGGCGUCCUCGGACUCUGAGCCUCGUCCUGGCGGUGACGUGGUGGAGGGCGGGCGCACUGCUCUGGACAACAAGACUUCUCUGCUGAACACUCCUUCUCCUCGAUCCUUCGCCGGGCCGCGCUUCAGAGAGUACAACCCGUACAACUACACGGAUGGCAUCAGCACGCUGGAUAAAGCUGCCCUGAAGGAGGCGCUCUACGAGGACGCCGUGGAGCAGCUGCGAGAAGGUCGCCGGCAGGAAUGUGUCGAAAACAAGAUGAUGAACCCCAAAAGUUUCCCAGUGGGGCCUGCUGAGCAGCUGGAGGUGGUCGGGGAGCUGCUGAAGGAGCUGUCCCAGGGCCAGGCUGGGGAGCGAGGCCCAGAGGAGCGCCGGGGGACCCUGCUGGAGCUGCUGAAGGUGGCUCGGGAGGACAGUGUGGUGGUGUGGGAGGAGCACUUUAAGACCAUGCUGCUGCUUCUGCUCGAGACACUGGGAGACAAAGAUCACACGAUCCGGGCGCUCGCCCUACGAGUCCUGAAGGAGAUCCUGAGGAACCAGCCGGCCCGCUUCAAGAACUACGCUGAGCUCACCAUCAUGAAGAUGCUGGAGGCCCAUAAAGACUCGCACAAGGAGGUGGUGCGGGCGGCCGAGGAGGCGGCCUCCACGCUGGCGGCCUCCAUCCACCCAGAGCAGUGCAUCAAGGUCCUCUGCCCCAUCGUGCAAACGGCCGACUACCCCAUACACCUGGCCGCCAUCAAGAUGCAGACGAGGGCCAUCGAACGCAUCGGCAGAGAGCCGCUGCACCAGCUGCUGCCUGACAUCAUACCUGGACUCCUGCAGGGCUACGACAACACUGAGAGCAGCGUGAGGAAGGCCAGCGUCUUCUGCCUGGUGGCCAUCUACUCUGUGAUUGGGGAGGAGCUGAAGCCUUACCUGGCUCAGCUGACGGGCAGCAAGAUGAAGCUGCUCAACCUGUACAUCAAGAGGGCGCAGACCUCCACCAGCAAUAGCAGCAGCUCCUCCGACAUCUCCUCGUACUAACUCCUGCAGCGCCCAGCUUUGCCACAUUUAUAAACUGUUUCAUUCCAUCAGCCGGUGAUAGAUCUAAAGGGAGACGUCACCACCAGUGGGAUCAUCAUCAUCAGUUUUCUCUGUAGGACCAGGUGCCCAACACCUCAUCUACUUGACCAGCUUUUUUUUUUCCAGACCAUCUUCUAUCUCAUUCCUUCAGCUGCUGAUGGAGCUGAAGUCUUUCUGAGGAGCUCAUGCUGUCAUAGCUCCAGUUUCAUGACCAUCUUCCCAUCAUCAUGAAAGAUUAGCGUGUAUUAUUUGGAGGUAAGGUGACCCUGGCAGCUGAGACGUUUCAUAAAGAUCCACCGCUAGAGUCAUUAGCCUUCAGCCUUCAUCUUCCAUCAUCCAGGAUGGAAAUGCUGAUCCAUUUUUAGAGGCCAUGUGCCUGAAACCAAGAUCUCCUCUUCUUCCUCCUCUGUCCUCAUCUCAUCAUCAUCAUCUUUAAUCUGCUGGAUGUGAGGUGCAGCUUGGAGCCGAGGAGAUCCUGGAACCAUGAAGGACCUGAAGAGGAGGGUUUUUGCAGUGUAGCUUCCUCUUUUCCGUCAGUGUUUUUAUUCCUUUUUAGUACCUUUAAUCCACUUCCUGGACACUUUUGCUUUGACACAUCAAACCUUAUAUUGAAUGUAAAAAGCUUUGAGUGAGCACGAGUCUCCUUCCUGAACUACUGCCUCAGUGGUGGAACAUUCUCCAGCUUUUAAAUUUAAAUGAGCUGUUAAAGAAAGUGGCACUACAGCCUCUAAAAGGCUGAAUCCCAGAGAUUGUCCGAAGAUCAGUGUGAGCUUUUAUUUUGAAAACGGGCCGAUGCCUCUGUGAGUGCGACGGAAGAAUCCACAGGGUCCUUUCUGCUCUGCCACUGCACUCAGUCAUGGAAUAAAACAUUUCAAAUGAUGUGAAGCUCAUCUCCGUUUACAGUGGUUGAUCAUUUGGCUGGCCAAUGAUUUUAAGCACUACAAAUCCACAAAAUUUUAUUGUUUUGGACCCGAGAACCAGCAGAAAACAGCAGUGUUUGUAUUUUAAAAUAAUUUUUUAAAGUGUGAAAAAGAAGGAGCAAAUUAUUUCUGUCUGUGUGACACUCAUCAGUUAUAUUUCCAUUUAAUGAUCAACACUAAAUCACCCAUUUAUCACAGUUUUCUACCUGAUUUGGGAAAAUAUCAAAUUGAAGUAGCUGUGUUGGUUUUUCCACAGAGAUUGCUUCAUAGCUAUAAAAACCAUGAGUUAGACAUGAGUCAGAGUGAUUUUGAAAUCACAGGACUGGUUUAUUUAGCUGUCUUAACAAGCUGUCGGAGGUCAGGUGGAGGCUUGGAAACCAGUUAUUAAACCAGAAGCUAAGCUAUUAACACUCUUCUGAUGGUUUCAUGAAAACAGACAGCCCACUCUGCACAGAUUUAACAUUUAUUGGAAACCAGAUUUGUUCCACACACGUGUGAAAGGGGCUUUUUUUUCGUUUACUUGCCUUUCACAAAAAAUGCUUAAACAUCAGUAGAGUAAACCCGUGAUGAAUAAACUCAAAUUUUGUGUUUAUGAGGGGCAGCCAAUCAGAAAAGGGCUGCCUCAAAGGGGUGGAGCUAAAACUAUAUAUUUAAGAGAGAGGAUGAACUGAGGGGCUCACCAAGGCCCACUCUGGAGUAAAGAAGGAUUAUUUUGAACUGUGAAUGAUCCAAUGCUACUCCACUGGAGUUCAAGAGUAAAAAUUUGGACCCGCAAAUCAAAAGAUUAGGUCUACUUUAAAUUUAUACUCUUAGAAAACCAUAUAUAAGACUCAGUACACUCUAUGCAGUAUGUGCUUUUAAUAGCACUACUUUCAAUUACACACAAAUAUUGAAAUAUUACCACUAAUUUCAAGUAUUACACUAAUGUAACUUCUUUAAAACAAGGGUUUAGCUAUAAAACAACUGUCAGUUUGACAGACUGAAGAGGACCCCAAUAACAAAAAGUCAAAACUAUAAAUAUUUUUAUUGAUUAGGUCACUCAGCCCUCUCUUUGAACUUCAAUCAUUUUAACAUUCAUUAGGACUGCAGUUUGCACAUUUUGGCUCUGGGAGCAGAAGAAAACAGAUUUUAUGAGAAUUUUUCAGGCCAAAGGUAGGAAAGAAACGAGAGCUCCCAUAUGUAAAUAUGACACUGAUAUAAAGAGCAAAAAAGAUAUUUUAAAUGGUCUUUUACUGAGUUUUAAAUGGAAACUCAAACUGAUGAAUGUCACUUGGGUUUAAUUUUUCAUCUAUGGUGGGUUUUUUUUAAUGGCUGUCAAAAACUAAAAGGUCACUCAGCUCAUAAAUAAAACCACUAUAAUGACAGUGGUGAUGCUCUUUCCUUUGAAGCUGAAGGCUCAGCUCAGUUUAAACUGGGAGUUUAUUAGUUUUGAUGUCUGCUGUCGAGUUAAAACUACUGUGAUUAGGGGAGUGUCAUUCCAAAAUACUGUACUUUAUAUAUAAAAAGCUCAAAUCUGAAGGUCAAGCUGGAUGCCUAAAUGUGUCAGAAAUAGUAUUAACAGCCAUGCUGAUGUAACCUCUGACCAUCAGCAGCUCCCAAAUCGAAUGUAAGUCACUUUUUCAACCUUUAAAAUGUGAACGACAAACCUGUGGGAAAUAGUGACGAUCUAAAUCAUUUGAUACUACUACAACAGAAUGACGACGCUGAACUGCUGAAUGGUGAAGUGCCAGUGGUAAAAAAAGAAACCGAGUGGACAUUAGCAAUAAACUCCAAGAAAUCCAGCUCGGAUUUCCUCUUGGAAACACUGUAGAUUCCCAUUUAGCUCCUCCUUUGAGAUGCUCUUGCCGGUCAGUGUACAGAAGUGUAAUUUUCUAAUAAGUGCACCUAUAAUAAACUUUACUGCUGCUUAUUAUAUUUCUAACAAACACGCCUAACCACACCGGUUUAUGUACUGUAUCUCAGCAGGAAGUGUAGGUGCAGCUAUGACGAUGGAAAAACUCAAUGACUGAAAUUUUUGAAACCCUCUGGCUGAUUGAACUUUCCUGGUGCUAAACUCUGCCCAUCAGGUCCACUAAGCGAGUCCAAAUGCUCCAGAGGGGGCAAAAAACAAGGAAUAGUCCAACAUUUCAGGCAAUGUACGUUUUUUUUCUUGCUGAGAGUCAGAUGAGAUUCAAUUCAAUUCAAUUUUAUUUGUAUAGCACCAAAUCACAACAGUCGCCUCAAAGCGCUUUGUAUUGUAGGUAAAGACCCUACAAUAAUACAGAGAAAACCAACAGUCAAAACGACCCCCUAUGAGCAAGACUGAUUCCACUCUAAACUCAUAAUGAUAGAUUUGUUAGGCUAACAGCUGAAAGGGUGCGAACUGAUAUCAGGGUCCCCACCCCAGUAAUUUCCACCCAAGGAAAAAGGCUUCAUAUUUACAAUUUUAAAUAUUUACGAGGACUUAAUGUCUUUAUCUGAUGUGUUGAAUCAUUUGGCUUUGCUUAAAAUGCAAAAUAAAUUGAAGGCACCCAUUGAGAGAUAAUUCUCAAGUCUGCUUUAAUUCAAGAUUCAUAACAACUGCUCUUGAAAAAUAACAUGGAAGUCCUACUAUCUAACAUCCAAUAUAGAACGGUGCUAAAUACCAUCCAAAUAAAAUCCUAGAAUUUCACUCAUCUAAGCUAAAAAUUAUUGGAUAUUCGUUAGUACAGUUAACUACACGGCAACACAUUAUGUGUCAGAUAAUUGCAUUAAAAUGGGACAAACUGAGCAUAAACUAUCACUAUAUGCAGAUGAUCUAAUUCUGUUUAUUAGCAAAUUACACAAAUCACCACAAGCCAGAGGUCCAGUUCAAGGACUCCCAAUUGCUGUGGUAAAGCCUAGGUAACAGCUAGCAACUAAAGCUGCCUGUGUUGCUAUCCACCUGUCAGAGAGGCCAGUCUCAGCCUAAAUUAAAUGAUACUGAUCACGUUAUUUGUUAAUUUAAAGAUUUUUUUUAAACAAAAUGCCAGGAAAGGUGGUCACAACUGUAACUUUAAACCUUAAUAAAAUCCAAAUAUGUGAGUUGUAAAAAGAUUCACCUCCUGUGUUAUUGUUUGAAGGGGAAAAUUAGCUUUUGAGACCAAAACUAUUUCUGUAUCAGGAUGUAAACUUGUUUGUUUCUGCUGUAAAGUUAUGGGGACUGACUCACUUUUGUCCCCACCCUGCCUUCAGGGUCUCAGCUUUUCUUAUUUUUGCAGCCUUCUUGCUUCUUAUAUUUCUGCACAGACAUCUGACUGUCAGCAAAAAAGCAAAGAUUUCCCAGAAUGUCUUUAAAAAUGAAGGAUGUUUCCAGGCCUUACUAAUCUCUUCCCACGCAUUACUCAGACUGUUAAAUGUACUGUACCGGUGGCCGUUGCCACUCUUCUCAGCUGUGAGAAUCUGAUCGGCACUUCUCUCUGGACUGAAUGUCGACGUCCUCCACGGUGCGUCGAGUCCGGUGGCGGUGAUCCAGUGUUAGCCUGCUGCAGGUUAGGCAACUAAGACUCAUUUCCCUUUACCUUCUUCAUGUACAGCAUGACUUGAAACUGCGUCUGCACGUGUGCAUCACAGGAAUCAUCAAAUGUAGUCGACUCCAAAUUAAGAUGUGAGAAGAUCCUUCUGAUUUCCUGAUUGUGUGCCUUUGAGGGAAGAUUCGUGACAAUACACCUGGUUGUCCUGUCCAGUACUAACCUUUACUAACACUACGAUUCACUGCUUCUGAGGCGAGAACAAAACCUUUUAAUGAUGCUGUACAUACGCUUCAAGCUUUUUUUCCAUUCAAACCACUUACAGUGCAUGGCUCCAGAUUGGUUUUAGUUGGUUAGUUUCCUUUCAUGCUACACAAUAUUUAUAUUCAGUUUUAUUUCCCUGUGUAUGACUGUAUAUAUUUACAUGUUUGGUUCUCUUUCACCUGUGAUAGACUUCGCAGAACUUGAAAUAAACUAUCAAACUUC